CCUAGGCAUAUGACGUCACGUUAUAUCAAGGAAUCGGAACGACAUAAGUUUAUGUUUAUUUUUUUAACCAGAGUCUGUACUAUUUGUGUAAAAUGUUUGAGAAUGAAAAUUCUAAAAUUAUGGUAUUUAGGCCCACUUUUGAAGAGUUCAAAGAUUUUCCUAAAUACAUAAGUUAUAUGGAGUCUAAAGGUGCACACCAUGGUGGCAUUGCAAAGGUUAUUCCACCUAAAGAAUGGAGACCUACCCAGAAAUACAACAUGAAUCACAUUGGGAAAAUUGUCAUCAAGACUCCAGUUUCACAGACAAUUACAGGACAACAAGGAGUUUUUCAAUUGUUCAAUAUAUCAAAAAAAUCCAUUACAGUCAAAGAUUUUAAAGAGCUUGCUGAAUCAACAAAAUAUAAAACACCAAAUAGUAAACCAGAGGAUCUUGAGAGAGAUUUUUGGAAAAAUUUAACAUUUAAUCCUCCUAUAUAUGGCGCUGAUGUUCCAGGAACCAUAUAUGACAAAGACUGCGAAUACUGGAAUAUAAAUAAGCUGGGAACAAUACUUGACAUUUUGAAUGCAAGUAGUAAAAUAAAAAUUAAGGGUGUGAACACUGCAUACCUAUACUUUGGAAUGUGGAAGACAACUUUUCCUUGGCAUACAGAAGAUAUGGAUUUGUACAGCAUAAAUUAUUUGCAUUUUGGUGCUCCUAAAUCAUGGUAUGCCAUUCCUCCAGAGCAUGGAAAAAGGUUAGAAACCCUUGCUAAAGGAUUUUUUUCUGGCAGUGCAUCUGACUGCAGUGAGUUUCUUCGUCAUAAAAUGGCUAUUAUUUCACCUCAUGUUCUUCGAAAGUUUUCAAUUCCUGUCAAUAAGAUCCUUCAAAAUGAAGGCGAGUUUAUUAUUACAUUUCCAUGUGGUUACCAUGCAGGAUACAAUCAGGGUUUUAACUGUGCUGAAUCAACAAACUUUGCAUCUGAAAGGUGGAUUGACAUCGGAAAGAAAGCAUUGUAUUGCAAAUGUAUAAAUGAUUCAGUAAAAAUAAACAUGGAUAUUUUCAUAAAGCAUUAUCAGCCUAAUCAAUGGAAAGAAAUUUUGAAGCAGCAAAAGACUUUUAAUAACAAUGGUAAAGAAAAUACAAAAUUCAUUCUUAAAAAAGUUAUAACUGACAAAGAUAAAUCUUCUUCAGAAUCAGAAUCUUCACCAGAAUCAUUGUCAGAAUCUUCACCAGAAUCCAAUCACAUUGUUCAGCAUAAAAAAGAAAAUGAAUACAAACAGACUAACAACUCAAUCUAUUUAAAAUGGAAAGAAAUACCUAAAAAACGUUUGAAAGUCCAUGUUGCACCAGAGCAAUGUCAAAAAAACAGAAAAAAUAAAGAUAGAAGCAAUAAUAAAAACAAUCAUCCAAUAAUAAACAAGGAAGAACUUACACCUAAGCAAGGUUCUAUUUCUAUGCCAUUGGUUUGGAGUCAUCAGUCUUUUGAUAUAAAUAGUGAAAUUGCUUACAAUCGGUUUGUUAGCUCUUCUGCUGUUAAAUGUGCUGUUUGCAUUUAUUUUAGUCAAAAUGAUUCAGAGAGUCUAUUAACGGGUAUUUCAAACCAAACCACUGAAAAGAACAUAUUAGUAACAGAGUUAUGUUAUACAAAAAAUCCAUCCAUAAAAAUGAAUAGAGAAGUUUCUUUUGACUAUAUAUUUGGUGAAAAAGAAUCAAGACAUUCAGUGUUGCUUGAAUGCAGUGAAUGCUUUCUUAGGGUUCAUAACAUUUGUUAUGGUGUGGAAAAAGCAGAUAGUGAAUGGGUUUGUGAUAAAUGUUCUUUUUUAAAACAACAAGCAAUAUCUACAAUAAAUGCAACAUUAAAUUUGAAUGAUGUUUAUAAAAAGUUUGAUACUGUAUUUCAAAACAGUAUAGAUGAAAAGAAUAUAUGUUGUUGCUUAUGCAACUUAAAAGGGGGUGCAUUAAAAAGAACUACAGAUGGUGCAUGGUGUCAUAUUGUUUGUGCAAUAGCUUUUCCAGAUGUUACAUUCAGUAACAUUACUACCAGAGGUCCAAUAAACAUAUCCAACUUGGAUCCUGCAAGAAAAAAGUUAAAAUGUCUGUAUUGUAGUCAACAUAGUAGUUCAAUGAAGCAUAUGGGUGCUUGUCUUCAAUGUAAAUGUAGGAAAUGUGCAGUAUCUUUUCAUGUUACUUGUAGCUUUCAUUACGGAAUAGCUUUAAGAUUUGGUGAUUGGCCAACUCUUAUUGAAGUUGUAUGUCCAAAACAUGCUAGACAAAAACUACAAACGGUAUCAGAAAUAAAGGAACGACCCCCUGUUGUCGAAGGAGAUUUUGUUUUGGCAAAGCAUAAAAAUGGAAGAUACUAUAAAGCAAAAGUUCUUGAAACUUCUAUGGUGCUGUAUUACAAGGUGGUAUUUGAGGAUAAAUCAUUUUGCUUUGACCUACCACCAGGUGACAUUAAGAGUGUUAAUGCUAAAGAUCAUAUCAUAUUACCUGGUACAGAAGUAGAUGUGUUAUGGCCUGAUUCUGUCACAUAUCCUGCUGAGAUAUAAAUAUGUAGAGAGGUUGUUAUGAUGAAGUGGUUGUCAAGGCUGUUAUAGUAGUUGUAGAAAACUACUUAACAUUGAGGUAGACAAAAAAAAAAAUUUCUUCAAAAAAUCGUGACAGCCGUAGUCAUAACUUAAGACAUUCGGCUCGCAACGAAUGCAUUUACUGUAGUUUGCCAACUGCUGCUAUGGCUAUCUGGCAAGCACCCAUUUUGAUUUUUUGUUUUAAAUGUGUUGCAGAAGGUUACUGAAGAGGCGAAUAAAAAGUUACCAUUGUCCUUUUUUUAAAAUGAAUUGUAAUUAUUAUAGGUUUCUUUUGAAGAUGGAUCUGUUUUAAAUAUAAAAAGAAAUGAUCUUUACGCCAUUAAUGAAGAGCUACCCACGAAAGUAAA